AUGCGCCCGCAAAUCAUCGGAUCUCUCGCGCUUCUCGGCAGGGUCUCGCUCGCGGCGGCCAAUGAUGUUGUCUCUCUCAUGCUUCCAAUGGUAGACCAGCAAGACCUCGUUGCUGAAGUUAUCGGCAGUGAUGGCCCAAUGACCACAUACGUGAUCGGUUGUCCUGAGGGCGCUGAUUCUAACGACUGUGGUCUAGGAGAUGGUCUGACCGUUACCGCAGGGCAUUCUACGUUCAUCUACGAAUACUCCUUCGAUGACUACUGGCUUAGAGAAAGCUGCAAGUACCGCGGCACAACCUGGGUCUCCUGCGAGGUGACAAACACCCAGUCGGAUUUCUCCUCCGCAAUGGCUAUCACUACCUCCGUUGAUGUGCCCUAUGUUGCAGUCACCGUCACCUCAACCGCAACCGAUGCAGAACGAACCGCUACCGCGACUGCGACUAGCACUUCUGCUGAGCCCAAAUCCGAGUCUUCCUCAAGCACCCCGUCUGAGUCCGCUUCUACGACCGCUCAGCCCUCUGGAUCUGCUUCGCCUACCACCGACUCCAGUGCCGAUGCCGAGGAAACAUCCUCCGACAAUGCCGCCAUGGCCCAAGUCACUGGCUCCGCGACGCAGUGGCUCGUUAGCGGUGCUGGUAUGGCACUUGCUCUUGCGCUAGCUUAA